AUGUCCGUUUACCAGCCUGUUGGCGGCUCUGUUCCCCCAAACACCCCGCAUGCGAUAAGCGUAUCACUUCCAACAUGGGAAGCUAAUGUGGGAUAUGAAGAGGGGAAUACAAAAGUCAUCAAUGCUAUGACAACCGGAUACCCAAGAUUCUUCGUGCAUAAGAGCAUCCAAAGCCUGGCUAACGAGGUGAUUGCUCGCUUUGGCAGACAGGGAGACUCUGCUAUGUUAUUCCCAUCCUCAAAAACCGCGAGCUGCUGUAAGGAGUUCCUCCUCUCGAAGGUGCCGGAAGAAGACAAGGCUGAGAUCCGCGUUGUGCGAUUGAUCAUGCUACCACAUAUCACCCCUGCAGAGCUCAACGGCAUCUCUUCUGAACUUUGCGCUGUGCUGUAUCCGGAGAAAUACGGCAGCAUCUCGAAACAGGUAUGGCAGCACAGUGGCUCUGGGAUCUCUAGCCGACGGAGUGAGUUUUGUCUCAAAGCCUUGAAAGAUGGAUAUCUGGUGGAAGAAUCUCAGGGGCAUGCCAAAGAGUCCAAGACCGACAAUGUGAUCCAUAAGGGGCCAAAGAGGUACCAGAAGUUUGAAUCUUGCGGUUCGAGCAACGAGCCAGCAAAGAAGACAGAAUCAACCGGCGGAGAGUCAACGCGUGCCUCAGAUGGCGGGGAGUUUGGCCAGUUUAUCGAAGAGCGAUUUGGCCGAAACCUGAACAUGUCUCUGGCGAAUAAUGCCAAGUUAGCAGUGAAACGGCGAAUUGCAGGAUCUCUGACUACCGACGUCGGCCUCAACGAGCCUCUUGAAGAUUCUCCCAAAAGCACCCGUAUGUCGGGUUUGAAUGAAGAGCACAUUUUCCUAUUCCCAACGGGCAUGAAUUCGAUAUUCACUGUCCAUCAACUACUCCUUAGCGCUCGUGGACCCAUGAAGAGCAUAUGUUUUGGAUUCCCAUAUAUUGACACGCUUAAGAUCCUAGAGAAAUGGGGCCCAGGUGUUCAGUUUUAUGGUCUCUGCGCAACCGAGGAGUUAGACGAUCUUGAAAAACGCCUGGAAUCAGGAGAAAGAUAUCUUGCGUUAUUUACUGAGUUUCCUGGAAACCCACUCCUCAGAUCGCCUGACCUCGAACGCAUACAUGCUCUUUCUAGGAAGUAUGGCUUCGCUGUCGUCGUCGACGAGUCGGUGGGGAACUUCAUCAAUGUGAACGUUCUGCCGUACGCUGAUGUGGUGGUCAGUAGUCUGACGAAGAUAUUCAGCGGGGAUAGUAACGUUAUGGGUGGAAGUGCUGUUUUCAACCCGCAUGGGCAGUUUUAUUCACAGCUCAAACAGGUCCUUGCAAAUGAGUAUGAGGAUAAUUACUGGCCAGAGGAUGCCGUGUUUCUAGAAAGAAACAGCCGUGACUUUAUUGUUCGUAUUGAAAGGAUCAACAAGUCAACAGAAGUGUUGACAUCUUUAUUAGAAGAUUCACCCCUGGUGAAAGACGUGUACUACCCGAAAAGCAGUCUUACGAAGCCGUUUUAUGAUAAAUGCCGUAACCCGGAUGGCGGAUAUGGGGGUUUAUUCUCUGUCACCUUCCAUUCACCCGAAGCAGCCGCUGCAUUCUUCGAUAACCUCGGUGUUAUGAAGGGACCCAGCCUGGGAACCAAUUUCACCCUUAGCUGUCCGUAUACUAUUCUGGCACACUAUCAAGAGCUGGACUGGGCAAAAUCCUUGAAUGUUCCAUUUGAUCUAGUACGAAUCAGUGUUGGCCUUGAAGACGUGAAUGAUAUGAAGAAGCGGAUUACGCACGCUCUCGAGGCUGUGGAGAAGUUGGGAAAAGGCGCUUGA